AUGAAGCCAAAGGAUAACACAGAACUGGAGGAUGACACAGAGUCAGAGGAUGACACUGAGCCGGAGGAUGGCACAGAGGGAUCUAGCGAUUGGAACAUAAUAACAGCUCGCAAGUCGAAAUAUAGCAAUGACUCUAAGGUCGGAAUCGCAAGUCGGAAUAUAGCACACAGUUGGCUAUCUAUAAAGGCUGUUUAUAACUCUUGUACCUCAGAAUCCAAGGCUUCUUCCAUGGCAAUAGAUGAUCCAUCAAUGGCAGAAGAAGGCUACAUUGAUAUGGAAUUCAAAUCUUCUUCGCUGAUCGAAUUCCAAUUCCAAAUGAAUUCCAAUCUACACAAGCCAUCCCCUGCCGACGAGCUCUUCUACAAGGGCAAGCUACUUCCUCUCCGCCUGAUACACGAUCAGAUUGAGGAGAAGAAGGCCACGAGAACCCCCAGAGCAAGCGCCGGCUCAACCCCGUAUAUGUCGUGCAAUGCCUCCCCAGCCGCCGCCGCCGCCGCCUGCUUCGUCGGCGGAGAGAUCGGCCUCGAGGACUUCUUCUUCCAUGACUGCCGGCAGGAAGAGCUCAUCCGACCGCAGUCCAAGAGGUCGUGGAGCCAGAAGCUCAAGUCCAUUAAAGAAGCUGCCGCAUUAGUUUCCAAAGCAUAUCUCAAGUCUCUGCUCCACAAAUCUUGGCUCUCUAAAGUCAAGGAGGGCUCGAAGAGAAAAGGGAAAGCCACGGAAAUACAGAAGCAGGAUCACAGGCGGUCCUUUUCUAGUUCGAGUAUCUGGCAAUCGCCGAGCAAGUCUUGGAGCUCCUCAUCGCGCAACUGGUCCGAGUCCUCCUCGUCCUUCUCGAGCGUGAAUUCGGCGGUGCUGAAGAGGAGCAGCAGCGUGAACUCCGACGCGGAGACGUCGAUCAAGGGAGCAAUUGCGCACUGCAAGAAGUCUCAACAGAAGGAUUCCUCGAGGAAGAGCUCGAGCGAUGUUGGAUUUUGUUUGCUUAAUGUCGCAAAGAUUGCGCCGGAUGGAUUGUGA